AUGUCGGCCGGUCGUCGGCUGCUGCUCUCGCCUCGCUGGCGGCGCGUUCAAAAGCAGCGGCUGCAGCGGGAUCUGACGGCGCUGGCUCUGGCCGUCUACGCCGAGACCACCGGCGCGCCGCCUCGCUCGCUCGCCGUGCUCGACGCCCUCGCCGCGUCGGGCGUGCGCGGGCUGAGAACGCCCGGCUGA